ACACUCAGCUGAGCCGCACAAACAAAAAACAAACUAGAGAGAGAGUGAGAGAGCUGAGAUAUGACGAAAGAAGUUAGCGAAGAAGCCGCUUCCCACGGCAAGGACUACGUGGACCCCCCUCCUGCCGCCUUCAUCGGCGCUGAAGAGCUCAAGCUCUGGUCCUUCUACAGAGCUCUCAUCGCCGAGUUCAUCGCCACCCUCCUCUUCCUCUACGUCACCGUCGCCACCGUCAUCGGCCACAAGAAGCUCAACGCCGCCGACCAAUGCGACGGCGUCGGCCUCCUCGGCAUCGCCUGGGCCUUCGGCGGCAUGAUCUUCAUCCUCGUCUACUGCACCGCCGGAAUCUCAGGUGGUCACAUUAACCCUGCGGUGACGUUCGGGCUGUUCCUGGCGAGGAAGGUGUCGCUAAUUAGGGCUGUUUCGUACAUCGUGUCGCAGUGCCUGGGCGCAAUCUGCGGCGUGGGGCUGGUGAAGGCGUUCAUGAAGGGGCCGUACAACCGCCUCGGCGGCGGCGCCAACACCGUCGCGGACGGGUACAACACCGGCACAGCGCUCGGGGCUGAGAUCAUUGGCACCUUCGUGCUCGUUUACACCGUCUUCUCCGCCACUGACCCCAAGAGAAACGCGCGUGACUCUCACAUCCCGGUUUUGGCUCCGCUUCCAAUCGGAUUUGCUGUGUUCAUGGUGCAUUUGGCGACCAUCCCCAUCACCGGAACUGGAAUCAACCCGGCGAGGAGCUUCGGCGCCGCCGUGAUCUACGGGCACAAGAAGUCGUGGGAUGACCACUGGAUUUUCUGGGUGGGACCGUUUGUGGGAGCGCUGGCGGCGGCGAUCUACCACCAGUUUGUGUUGAGGGCCGGCGCGGUGAAGGCGUUGGGGUCGUUCAGGAGCAAUCCGACCAACUAAGGGAAAGAGAGAAGAAGAGAAAGGAAUUCUUGUUUGAUUUGAGAUGUUUGUUGUUAGUGUUAUUUCUUCUUCUAUUGUGAAUUCUGUUAAUUUGCUAUAAUUUGUGUGUAAUGAGGAGAGGAGAUUGUUAAUUAUCAAACUUUUCUUUUCUUUGUA